AUGGCGACCUCUUGUCUAAUAGAGUUGGUUGGAAUGCGACACGCAAGACGAACUGCUAGGAUUCCCGAAGUAGCAGGCGAAAUAGGUCUUCCCAUUCCGAAGGCAACUUGGAAGGAGUUUGAAACGAUUACGCAAUACGUCGUGAAACUAGGCAGGAUUCCGCUCCAGCUCACAAGGCCAGGUCAACUCAGCAGUGGCUGCAAAAGAACAUUCCAGAGUUCAUCUCUUCCUCGGAUUGACCCUCAGGGAGCACUGAUCUCAACCCACCAGGUUAUCGCCUCUGGUUCGAACUGGAGAGGAUGA